AUGCGUUGCUGGCAUAGUGGUAGCUUCACUCCGCUUCAAGAGCCCCUCCGCAUUAACCGCCAAUACCCAAUCACACAAGUUCGACUCCGAUCCUUGGCAGUCAUCUUCGCCCAAUCCCCGAAACCAGACGGCCUCAUGCAGCUCCCCCGUCAACUACUAGCGUCCGCGGCCCUCGCCAUGUGCCUCAUGGCAGUGUGCAUAGAGGGUUGCCCAUUAUGUGGCAGUCCCAUCCCUGCAAGGCUGUUCUGCAGAAAGAUGGAGUGGGUGAGCGCUGUAACAAGGAGAGCUUUCGAAUGUCGGGAGCCAGGAUGCAGCUUAGACGUGUACAUGUCCACUUACACUUGUGAGGAAUGUGGUACAAAACACCGGGUAUCCUGGGAGCCAUGCCCCACGCACGAUAAACAGGUCGUACUGCCCGCAGGACCGGACGAGCUAUGA